CAUCUCUCAUCCUCUCUGUCCUACACUUCAGAUAAAUCCUCGUCCAGUACCCCAUAAAUGCAUCUUGAGCACUUCAAUCGCCUGGAGCCAUCAUGACCCAAUAAUCCCCAAACGUGCAAGGCGGAAUGCAUCCAACAAUGGCUUGAUCCUUGGGAAGGACUUGGCCUAUUCCAAGCACAAUGAUCACCUCAUCCUUCCUGUGGACGGGGGCAUUGGCAGCUUUUGUCUUUCUGGUCUACUUCUCUCAGGCCCGGACAAGAGUACAUCGGGAUGGUAAGAAGUUGAGACGACCACCCAAUACUCUUCCCCUCCUAGGCAAUGCCAUUCACUUUCUCAAACCACGACACCAACUUUUCUCUUGGUUCGUCAAAUGCCAGAAGCUCUUCGGCCAUGAGACCUUUGAGAUCUCCGUCCCUUCUCUCCCUCCUGGGGUCGUCAUCAACAGUCCAGACAAUCUCGAAUAUGUCUUGAAGAACGAAGCCAACAUCACAAAAGGCGACUUCUUCACCGAUCGAUCAUGGGAUCUUUUUGGAUAUGGCAUCAUUAAUGCCACGGGGGAUUUGUGGAAAGCCCAGCGUAAAGCAGGUCUAAAGUUCUUUGGUGGUGCCACCCUAGACUCUAUGAUCGAGGAUGUCCUUCCAGAAGUCUAUCACUCCGAUUCAGGGAUGCAAAGACUGCUUUCCCAGGCUGCUGAGGACAACACUGUCGUCGAUCUGCAGAAACUCUUUCUCGACUUGACCACGACCGUUGUGGGUUAUAUGGCGUAUGAUAUGGAAAUACCACCCGACCACCCCUUCAGCGUGGCAUUCGACCAUGCCUCUAACAACAUCGGCCUGCGUUUUCAAAACCCUCUUUGGAGACUCACCGAGAUCUUCACCGGGGGGGCCUUCCGUGCCUCACUCCGAGAAGUCAAGCAAUUCGGACGACACAUCAUACUCAACGCACGCAAAAGACGAGCUCGCACAGCAUUCGAAAGCCUGAUCACAGAGGCGGACGGAGGUCCUCCUGGCGAUGGUCUUGGUUCAGGAUUUGGUACCCUCAUUGACAGCUUGAUUGAGAGCUUUCCCAACCCGACAAUCGUGGCCGAUGCAGCAUUGAACUUUCUCAGCGCUGGCCGUGAUACAACCGCCCAGAGUCUGACAUGGACCAUGUACGCACUGUUGCGCAAUCCAGAAAUUCUACCUCAACUUCACACCGAAAUCGACAAAGUCUUCGAUCCUUUCCAAACUCCUCCUUCCUCUCCGUCGUCCGAACAUAUUCCCCAUGUCGAGCAAUCUGCGCCUGACUCCACAACUAUCGAAGACGAUUUAAUAACGACCCCACCCGCCAUCACAAUGUCUCAUCUUCAACCUGCCUCUCUCCCCACUUUAUAUUCCAUCUUCUAUGAAUCUCUCCGCCUGUACCCACCAAUACCCUUCGAAAUCAAACAGACCCUUGCCCCAUUGACUCUCCCCGACGGAACCUUUCUUCCCAAGGAUGCCGUUGUCGUCUGGUGUAUCUGGGCACUAAACCGGUCCACAUUGACCUUUGGACCCGACGCCGAAUCGUUCCGCCCCGGACGCUGGCUCGAUGAUUCAGGAAAACGACUUGUUAGAAGAUCCGAGGCUGAGUUCCCAGUCUUCAACGGCGGGCCGCGUGCCUGCUUGGGUAAGAAGAUGGCAGAAGUUAUGGUAUGUUGGGUUCUGGGCACCGUUCUGGCAGAGUUUGAAUUUGAGCUUGAGGACGAACUCGAGAGGGAGGCAGAUAAGGAUCAGUCUGCGACGAAUCGUACGAAUGGUCAAGAGAGGACCAGCGCAAAUAGUCUGACCUUGCCCAUGUUGGAUGGCUUACCGGUUCGAGUGCGCCGGCGUCAUUGAGAUAUGAUCUAGAACCGGUCUGAGAAAAAGACAACUUAAUGCUAUGGUCACGUUGUGCAGGUCUCUAGAGAACAAGAGAAGAAAAUGGAUGCAAUGCAAUCAUGAGGAAAGACUGGUUUGAUAGGGUUCGAACGAUACAAGGAGCUUCUCACUUGGAAGGAAGAUGACUAUAAGUACUUAGUUCAGGACCACCUAUGGAGACAUUGCGAUAGAGACAUCUAGUUGAGCAAGAUCCCUUCACUUGUCUCACUCCUUG